AUGGAAAUGACACGGGACGAAUUCCGCGUAGAAGAUAACGCUGCAGAAUCAAAAACCAGCAAAGAAAGUAAAAUAUCCGUACUUGUCAACGAGUUCGCUGGCUACACUACUCUACAUGGAUUUCACUUCGUUCUUGAGUCCUGCUCUGUUGUCAGGCGCAUUUUGUGGGCGACAUUGAUCAUUCUGGCAUUGGUAAUACUAGCUUUUCAGUGCCUCAAUGGAUUGAACAAACUUCUGGAACAUGACUCCGUGACUAUAAAGGAGCAGCAACGUGAAGAUGCGAUUUUAUUUCCAGCAGUGACAAUUUGCAACCAGAACAUGAUGCGAAAAGAUAAAAUAAUGGGAGCUGAGGCCCAGAAGUUCUUAGAUGAGAUUGAAUCCUUGCUGUAUAGCGGUUUUAAUAAUAACACAAAUGAUUCCUUUAGUUUGGAUCUGGACAAAGAGGUUAGACGAGCAGGACAUAACAUUUCAGAUAUGCUGGUAGCGUGCUUUUCGCAGGGAAAAAUUUGUAAGCCGGAGGACUUCUACGUCUUCACGUCUAUACGGGUAAGACAGGUAUACGUUACAGGUCAAAAAUAUAUUCAGGUUGAAAUGUCUUAACCUAGGUUGAUGCUUUCUUCCUUUUAACUCCUAGCCCCAAUCAUUCAUCAGUUAGGGCUAGGAGACAAAGGGAAGAGAGAAUCAACCUAGGUUACAAAAUGUUACUCUUAUUUAAUUUUGACCUGCGACAUAUAUACAGAUAUAUCUUAAUAAAGCGCUGAUUCCGGCCUAUUCAUUCACACUAAACUCCCAGCCCAUUACAUAAUAUGGCUUCUGUUUUCGCACUUUGUGAUAGCUUAAGCUAAAAGAUUCGGAAUAUAAUUUAUCCGAAACUUUCGUUGUGAAGCCCCCUCCCCUCUCCCUGGUGUACAAGUACAAAAGAACAAAAGCAACUGUCUAAACAAUACACCGCCAUACUGAAAUUAUUAUUUUUUCUUGUCAGUAAACAAUGAAAUUGGACGCAAUUUGUGCCUUCCCCUUUUUGAAGGGGGGUAUGUCCCGUUAAUUGCUACCCUUUUAAGAAGUUAAAACGCGUCUUAGCAUGAAUUGAAUUCCAAAAAUAAUAGUCCAGUUUUAUUAUUUAAGAGUAUAUUUAGGUUUUGGAACUGUUUCCUGUCGCCUGUUGAAAAGGAUGAUAAGGAUGGACGUUGAUUGAGACUUGAAAACUUGGUCCAAGCAAGACUCUGUAUGAGCAAAUGAAAGUAAGGCUAUACUGGCACAGUAGUUUUUUAACCACUGCGCUACCCCUAUGCUCUCUUGCUUGAAUAUAAUGUGACGCAAUGAUUUUUUUUUCAGCGUGGUCUCUGCUACACGUUCAACUCUGGAAAGCCUGGUUACGCCUUGCGUUACCAGAGCAAUGCAGGAAGGGACAAGGGUCUUUUUCUUCAACUCAACGCACAACCUGAGCAGUAUUAUGGGCCAUUUAACAUGCUUGAAGGAACUGGUUUUCGCGUUAUGAUUCACGAUCAAAAUGACUGGCCAGAUGUAGAGAAUUAUGGAAUCGAUAUCUCUCCAGGCUUUAGCAGCACGAUUAGAGUCCAGCGGUACAAGGUAUGGGCAAUAUGCCUCAGCUUACCGAGCGAGGCGCGAAGUUAAUCGCUAUUAUUUGUCCGCAGUCAUUUAAUACCUUCUGUGGUUUUCCGGAGCAUUGGAUAAUUUUCUGCUAGGUUUGUAACACGAUCGUAUGACGGCUUGAUCUAUUCAGAUUCGAUUCUACCGUAAACAAACACGGUUCGGGCUAUGAACUGUAAAGUAAGUUGCAACACAAAUAGCUCCUCUGCGCCCCGUGCUAGAUGUUUUAGUCGCUGUUGUUUUCGUGUUUUUCAAGAAAUGGUGUUGAGAGCUUUCGUUCAUUGUUUUUUUUGUUUUUUGUCCGUUUUUGUUCUAGACUAUCCGUCUUCCUCCUCCGUAUACGCCAAAGUGUGGUGAACGGAAGCUGGCUGCCACGAGCAACUAUUCCCAAAGCGCAUGCCUUGUGGAGUGCUGGACAAAGCUUAUUAUCAGCAGAUGUCAGUGCAGAGUCCUCGGCAUGGUCCAUCUAGGUGAGCAACUAUUGAUUAUAACUGGAUCUCUUACUUUUCUCUUUAGUGUGACUUGACGUCGCAGGGGCACCCAACGAGGAUAUAGUUCAAAACCACUUAAACAUAGCAUUGUUAAACGUAUUUUAGUAUUUAAACGGUAGAUAUAGGCAUAUAUUUAUCCCCUAGAAAUUUUUUAUCUGUUCGGAUUUCCUAGCUGAAAGUCUAGUGAUCCGAAAAUUAUAGGGAUCAAAACUUACCUUUUCGAAAAUUUCAGCCAGAAAAAAGGCUCCCGAAAAUUCUAGGUGACCUUUUACGGGUAAAACUCCGUUAAAAAUGGGCAAUCAUACCAUUUUUUAGAUGUUCGAAAAUCCUUGGAGAGGCAGGCAAGCAAGAAAUUUUACAACAAAUAUUCCGAAAAUUCUAGAUCACAAAUCGUCUUCCGAACAGAUAUUUUCCGAAAAUUGUUGUUGGGUGCCCCUGAUUGAAGAAGGAUCAUAUCAUCUCCUGAAGCCGAAGGGUGUAAAACAACGUCCUAGUGUUGACAAUUGUCUUAUUUUUUUUACAGAUGAGUAUAAGUCCUUUCGAUAUUGUGGGCCUCGGAAAUUUGUCAGCUGUGUCCUUUCUGAUGAAGGUUAGUGGCUCACCUCAGCUCAUUUAAAAUCGUUUUACCAAAAUUCCAAUCAACUGAGGUAUCCGUUAAUCUCGCUUUUUAAUUCAGUUCAUUGGAAUUAGUUCUCCAUCAAUUUUGGAUUAUUCUAUCAUUGCUAUUAAGAUGUGAUAGACUUUGAUGGCUUACUAAAUGGCCAGUAGCUUUCUAACUCUCGAGAAAGAAACAUCUAAACUGUAUAGAAUCUCCUUUGCUGUGUAUGUUUUUGUUUGUUUGUUGUUGUUAUCUGUUUUUGUAAUAUACGUCUUCUUUUCGUAGUAAACUCUACCGUCGAAUCAGCUUGUGAUUGUCCCACAAAAUGUGAGACUGUAACUUUUAAUCAGCAACUGUCAAGCGCUAGUUUCCCUUCCCGACAUGUCCUUCCAAUGCUUGUUAAACAAGCAAAUGCCACUGCAGCUGUUAAUGCAAGUGCCGAGUUUUAUGAUGAGAUUGAAACAGAAUUGAGGUGAGUGGCAGAAAUGUCGGUUGACUGGGUCCUCUAAAAAAUAACAUAUUCAAUUCUGGCUACGAUCUAGACUAUUCCUAUGAAAAUUUGCUUCCUGACGUAAUAACCUCAAAAUAUGCAGCAUGACCCCCUGUUUUGUUGUUUACUGAUGAAUACAAAGUGAGAGACCCCAAAAUUUCCCUGUUGAAAUAGUGCCUUCACUAUGUCAUGUAAACACCUUUGGCUUUGACAAUUUACGUCGUCUAACCCUGCAACUUUGUCUAUACAUAUUCUUAAAAUUCUAAAGGAGGCGGAAUACAUUUCCACUCUUACCAGACGAUUAAACGAAAACCGGUCUGUAAAAAAGGGGUCAACGGUGUCAAGUUGACUAGUAUGUGUUAUCAAAUGGUAUACUGGUGAACUUAGAGAAUAAUUUCGUUGAACUUAGAGAAUAAUUUUCCCGAGUUUUGGGCGAGGGAAAUUAUUAGAAAUUUGGACAAAACUAAUAAUUUCCCGAGCUUUUAUUUGCGAGGUGACGAAUUACGAUUGCAAUCGUGUAUUUUUGACAUGUUUAUCCUGGUUUUAUCGCAUCGAUCGGAGAGAACUCCACUCUCUCAAAAGUUUAGAGCUUGAAUUUGGCUUGAGUUCAGAAUGUCUCGACAAACUAAUCCUUCUUUAUGUGUUCUUUCGUGUGUUUGGGUUUUGCAAAGCGUCUUUUAAUGCCCUGUCAUCUUCAUUCGUAAAAUUUUAAAACUUCGUCGCCAUCUUUGCACUGAGACGUACGGAAGGUUGCCAUGGUUAUUUUGUCAUUUCAAGUGUGAAUUACAAAUUAACGCUGAAAUUUCGCGCCAGAAUUAAGGAAUAAUUCGUCACCCAGUGAUAUUACAUUCUUUAAUAAUUGAGGAGGCUUUUCAGUUGUAGAGCAUUAGCCUGCGGGGAAGCUCUAAGGCGCUCUAGGGGCGGGGAGGAAAAGGAGCGCCCGGAAGAACUUGCUCGUAGGCCAAGGCGCUCAAACGUUCUUUUUGUUUGUUUGUUUGCUUUGUGUUUCAACCGACAAGGAUUCUUAAGUUUUUUGUUUGUCCAGUUACCAUGAGCCUGAGACGGUAAGUUUCACUCGUAUUUUGUUGAAAAACUUCAAUGAUCGUACUUUUCCUUGAAGGAAGCGUUUACUUCAGCUGAAUGUAUUUUACCAGUCUGUGGUCACAGAAGUAACAAGGGAAAAGCCGUCCUAUGAUAUCCAUGCCUUCGGAUGUAAGUAA